UCGUCCCGCUUGCACUAUUCUUUUUCCCCUGCUUCACAUUUGCUGAUAAACUUGUCUAAACAAAGAGCGGAGUGGGAUUUGGGGUCGGCGGAGGAGGUCCUAUUUGGUCAAGGAUUUAUUAAACCUCGUUGGUCAAUAAAGUAGACAAGUAGGCUGCUCCCUUCUACCAAAGGACACGGCCUUUUUGAGGCCAAAGCAAACGGGGAUAGAUUAAAAUUUAAGGCAAAGGCAUCAUUAGCAGUUAAACAAGAAUAUUGGCAUUUUAUUAGUUUUCCUUCUCUGCUGUGCUCUCUUUCUCAAAAGAGAGACGCAGCAGAGAAAAUUAAGGGCUUAUUGGGCUUUAAAUUCAUCGAAAUACCUGAUCCCUGCGUAUCCGAAAUCGAGUCCUGUUGGCUUAUUUUCGUUGCUGGUGGUUCUUUGAAUAUAGAUCAAGAUUAAAGAGAUAAAAGUUGUUUCAAAGUUUGCUAAUAUGGGUAGAAUAAGAUUGAAUGGUGUUGAGAACAAUGGGGAUUUGUUGUUUCCGAAUUCUGGGAUUGGGUUUUUGUGGUGUCCCCUAGAUGAAGGUCACAAGCCAAGUGGAUUUUUUGCUAGUGUGGGGCAGAUGGGGACGGGUUUUGGUAUGUCCCCGAAUUCUCCAAAUUCUGUUGGUAGUGACUUCAAGCUUCCGCACGCCAGUUUCUUUGAGAAAUCUAUAUUGCCAGAACCCGGUUUAAAGGUUGGUGAGGUACCAGAUUUGCUGGUUGGUGAUGAGAUGGAAUUAGAAGAGCAAGGGGUAUUGAAGAAGAAGAAGGCUAAAAGGGGUGGUCUUAAAUUGAUGAUAAAAGUCGGGAAUUCAUCACUGAGGAGGUUGAUCAGUGGAGCAAUUGCUGGUGCAGUAUCGCGGACGUCUGUUGCGCCGCUGGAGACAAUAAGGACACAUUUAAUGGUGGGGAGCUGUGGAACCUCAACUGGCGAAGUGUUCCAGAAUAUUAUGAAUAAUGAAGGAUGGCAAGGCUUAUUUAGGGGUAAUCUGGUGAAUGUCAUCCGUGUUGCGCCAAGCAAGGCAAUUGAGCUAUUUGCUUAUGACACAGUCAAGAAGCAGUUGACACCUAAGACUGGAGAGGAGCCAAAACAACCUAUUCCCGCUUCUUUAAUUGCAGGUGCUGUUGCUGGAAUCAGCUCAACUUUAGUCACGUAUCCACUUGAGUUACUCAAAACUCGACUCACCGUGCAGAGGGGUGUAUACAAGAGUUUCUUGGAUGCUUUUCUGAAAAUUGUGCGAGAGGAGGGACCGGGAGAGCUGUAUAGAGGCCUCACUCCAAGCUUAAUUGGUGUAGUCCCAUAUGCUGCCAGCAAUUAUUUUGCCUAUGACUCGUUAAGGAAGGCCUACAAGCAAGUUUUCAAACAGGAGGAAAUUGGAAAUGUUGCAACCCUCCUAAUUGGAUCGGCAGCUGGUGCAAUUUCAAGUAGUGCAACUUUCCCGCUUGAGGUGGCGCGUAAACACAUGCAAGCAGGUGCUCUGAAUGGGAGGCAAUAUCGGAACAUGCUUCAUGCCCUUAUAAGCAUACUUGAACACGAAGGUGUACCUGGUUUGUACAGGGGCCUGGGCCCGAGCUGCAUGAAAUUAGUACCUGCUGCUGGAAUUUCAUUCAUGUGUUACGAGGCAUGCAAGAGGAUACUGGUUGAAAAUGAAGAUGAUUCGUAGAAAUAAAAGCUUGUGUCAGGUGCAAAUGCCAAAUAAGGGGAGCAUCUCAAUCGAUCAGUCUCUGAAUGCAUCCGACUGUGAAUUGCGAUAGUAAGGAGUUGAGAUGCCCGGAGCAACAAGUCUUAAGGCAAUUAAAACAACCAAAUGCAUGGAAAUGGAACGCCAGUCAUGGAAGGAACUGCUUAGCGUUACAGAUCCAUAUGUUUUAUAUGGCAAAUUGUGGCGAACAAAGCUGACUUGAUUCAUAAAUUCCCUUGCAUUGGUAGACAUUCUGGAGGUCGACUUAGCUUUGUGAAGCGGAUCCCAGACGUUAUUAACAGUUGCAAGCGAGGGAUCACCUAAGUCCAAUGGUGCUGAAAGCAAGAAUAAGCAGUGCUACAACUGACGUGUUAAGUUGCUCCUUCAAGUCUCCCUCUUCCUGAACAUUCUCCAUGUCUAAUUCAUUUUGGGUUUUAUUUCUUGUGCUUGAUUGUUUAGGUUGGGAACAUUCAAAUACGAUGUAACAUUCUUCUGAGAAUGACGACCUGGUUAGAGUUUGCAA